AUGGCCAACCAUCUACUACGUACGCGUGGCGCGCCCCCUGUCGGCAAGCUCUGGGCACAUCGGUUCGUUAAACGCCAGCCACGGCUUAGUACACGUCGUACACGUAGAUACGACUACCAGAGGGCUAAGUGUGAGGAUCCGAAGGUCAUUGGCGAGUGGUUUGCACUUGUACAGAAUACCAGGGCCAAAUAUGGGAUUGUAGAUGACGAUGUCUACAACUUUGACGAGACUGGGUUCAUGAUGGGCAUGAUCUUCCCAGUUGGCCUUGACUGGAUCAAGCACUUUGACUACCAUACGGCGCCCCGGACAAAGGGUAUAUACCGGUUGUUGAUCCUCGACGGCCACGAAAGCCACCACUCCACCGAGUUCGAGCUCUACUGCCGGGACAACAAGAUCAUCACACUCUGCAUGCCCCCGCACUCUUCCCACAAGUGCCAGCCACUUGAUGUUGGCUGCUUCGGGCCACUGAAGCAGGCCUACGGUCGCUAUGUUGAGGAGCUCAUGCGGGCACAUAUCAACCACAUCAGCAAGCUCGAGUUCCUUUGCGCCUUUCGCGAAGCCUUCUUUGCUUCCAUGACAGAGAAGAAUAUCCAGGGUGGGUUUGCAGGGGCCGGCAUCGUACCAUUCGAUCCAGAGAGGGUGCUUUCUAAGCUGGAUAUCAAGCUUCAUACACCAACACCCCCAAACUCCCGGCCUGGCACUGCACAACCUUGGGUCUCUAAGACCCCACACAACCCCCAAGAAGCCAGCUCGCAGUCAAACCUUAUCAAGACUCACAUCGCUAGCCAUCAAAACAGCUCCCCAGCUUCAAUGUUGGCUGCUGUUGACCAGCUUACCAGAGGUACAACGGCUGUAAUGCACCAGGUGGCUCUCCUUCAGUCAGAGGUCUCUUCGCUCCGCAAGGCCAACGAGGCACUGAGCAAGCGACGGAGGGCCAAAAAAACACGUGUGCAGCUUGGAGGGUCACUUACUGUACAGGAUGCACAGGAUCUACUAGACUAG